CACGUCAACUGCGUCGUGAUUGGUUGUCUUUGGUCACGUGUCACUUUUGAAGAUGGCGUCUCCAAAUGGAGGUGAUGAUUUCGAGUCAUCUCUGUUGAGUUUUGAGAAGUUGGACCGAGCAUCACCAGACUUGUGGCCUGAACGGUUGCCGGGGGUUGCGGAAUUUGCUGCCUCUUGUAAAAAUCCUAUCACUAAUUCCCCUCCCAAGUGGAUGGCUGAACUGGAGAGUGAGGACAUUGAAAUGUUGAAAGAGCUGGGGAGUCUGACCACAGCCAACCUGAUGGAGAAGGUCAAAGGUCUUCAGAACUUUGCCUACCAGCUGGGCUUGGAGGAAUCGAGGGAAAUGACCAGAGGGAAGUUCCUGAACAUCAUGGAGAGAUCCAAGAAGUAACGCGUCAGAACAAUCAUGGAUCGUCUUUGCUGAAUUCUCAGAAUCUCUUUGUAGCAUAAAAACCUGUUUUCAUAUCUGUUCUCCUAUUUAUUAAUAUUACUAUUUUAAAUAUGAUUUUUCUUAUUUUGCUAAUUGUGAAGUUGUUUAAUAAACUUUAACCUGGAGAGAAACUUUCCUGCCAC